AUGGAUUCCUUUUCACAUAGCUCGGACGGGAACCAUUUUCCCAGCAUUCCGACACAUCAUUCUCGGGCACCAUCUACUCUGCGCUGCUGCUGUGGUCGUGAGGACUGUGCUCUGCUCGAACACAAUCAUGUCGCCCUCGAGGGUCUGGAAAAAGACCUCGAAGCCGCUGCGAAACUCGGUCAGGCUCUCCUCCAUCGCCAUGAAAGUUAUAUGGCCGAGGCAGAAGAUGAUCGUCGACGAUUGAUCGAAAGUGUUGACGCCCUCGAGCGGGAGAAGCGUGAAGUUCAGGCCGAGAAUGCGCGCAUAGUUGAGGAGAAUCGCAACCUCUUGGAACAGCUUGAUGGUUUGAAUAAUUCCGUCUCUGAAUCAGACACCCAAGUGCGGUCAUUGACGUUCACGUUGGAGAGUACGCAGGCGGAAUUGCGCAGAUUGACGAUGGCUGCGUCUCGUGCUGCCGAGUUGGAGAUGCAGUUGGCCAUGAUGGAGACGGAGCAGUCGAAAUUGCAGGAAAGUCUGACAUUUGCGCAAGAAGAUGAAAGAUCUGCUCUACAGCGUUGGCGCAAUGCUGAGAAUACACUGCGCGAUCUUCAUGACCAGGUUGAGCGGAUCGAGUCAGAGGCUCGAGCUGAGCGUGAAAGGCAUGAAGAAGUGGUUCAACGGAUGGAGCGUAAACGCCAUGUUGAAAGGGAACUCGAUAAUGCUGCGGUUCGGUUGAAAGGUGCUGCCGCUGCAUCUGAAUUGGGGCGUAAACCUGGUACCCAAGUUGUCUCACGCUUUGUCAAGGAUAUCUUGCAAGACAAUGCAAAUUUGCAAGUCGGGAUUAUGGAGUUGCGCGAGAUGCUCGAGAGUUCCAAUCAGGAAGUACAGAAUCUUCGAGAUCAAGUUCUUUCUCAUCAACCGCUGGACGGACUCAAUGAUGAGAACGACCCCGAAGGCGCAGCGACAACGACGUUAUCUGAGGAACUGGAAGGAAAAGAACGACGUGUUUCGCAAGAAUUUCAUGUACAUCACCAUUAUCACACUCCCAAAUCGGCGCGGAAGGACAAGGGUACUCUCAAUCGCCGUGUCAAGAAGAAACGGCCUGCUCUGGCAAGCCCUGUUCCUAUGCACUCUGCCAUGGGAUCUCAUUCCCCUCGACGCUCCAUCCAUCGUUCUCAAUCAUCGGGCUCUUCUAUGAACACUAUUCUGUCACAAACUCCCGUUUCGAUUCCACCUCCAUCCUCCUCUCGCAGAUGGUCAUUGCAUUCUCCUCCCGCUGAUUCGUUAGCAAGUUCGCCGCAGUCUGCAUUUCGGACCUCUUCCAUCUUUGAUCGGGUUGACCGCGGGUAUGAUUUCUCUGAGCCAACCUCCCCUGAGAGCACUGUGUUCUCGUCGCCUCUUAUCGGAGCACAUCAUGCCAAAGGAUUCGACUUCCCGUCCCGGCCUCCCAGCGGAUUUGACAACUAUGACCAACCUUUCGACGGCCCAUCUGAUUACCUCAAUGCAGAUCAAUACGAUAGGCCCGCUUUCCUGGAUCUCUGCGACGGAAUCACCGCACAUCCAGCCAUACCGGAAGAAACAGAGUCAUCAUCUCCUGGACUCUACUCACAGUCCUCUGAAAUUGAGCGUCGCCCAUCAGCUACUACGGAAGAUAUCCUGGGGCUACAAGCGCCUUUCAAACCCUCGCUUCGUAGGUCUACAUCACAUGACAGCUUGCUCUCAGUCGCUGGCAUGGACAUACAUACCCCGAUUAUCCGCCAAUCCCGUAUGGGCGACUGGCAUUUAGGCAUGCGAAUCCCCAAACGUCUCAUGUCGCCAACCGUCCAGCUAUCUUCCACGCCUCCGGUUAUAUCAGCGCCCACAGUCACAGCGGACCGAAUCAAGGGGCGAGAACAAUCUUCUCUCUCUCUUCUCGCAUCCAUGGCUGCAGCAAGUGCCACAGGGAGCAGCGUGCUUUCAGACGCCGCAUCUGUCACUUCGGCAGAUAGCAACAGCACUACCUCGACAACAACCCCAAGUCAACGCAAGUCCUCCACAUUGGGUCGCCGCGUCGGGGGUUGGGUGCUGGGUCGUUGGGGGAUGGCGCCGGUUUCAGAGGACCUGGAUCCCGAGUGCGCAAAUCGAAUUGCUGCCAUCGAAUCGGCAUUAUCUCCAGAUGAUCCUUCAUUAUCGGUCCCCGUGCCGAGAUCCCGUCCACCUAACAUAUCAAACCCAUUCCCCUCAUCAUCCCUCCAUUUCAGGUUCCCCGGCGUGAACCAAAAGGGCCCUAUUAUGGGUCUUCGCCCUCCACCUCAAGCACCAGUUGUUAUUAAUCCUCAGGGCAUCGAUGAAAAUCUGUUGCGAGAGAGUCUCGCUGAUAAUAGCUGA